AUGGCUAGUAAAGCUCGACUCGAAGACGACGACGUGCACGACGCGCUCCUCCCCGAGUCGUCGUCCUCACCAUGGACUGCGGCCAGCGAGCGGUUUGGCGCAAUGCUCGGAGCUGUUGCACAGCGAAGAAUCGGUCUAAAUGGCGGGAUAGACCCGUCAGAGGCGUAUAACGGGGAGACGCAGGACGCUCUUGACCAGAAACUACGCUCCUUGGAUUCAAAGGCACAUCGAAAUCGACUGAGAGGAUGGUAUUCGUACGCAUUUGCAAGUGAAGUAUUCGCCGUGUGCAGUUUGACAUUAUUUCUUCCAAUAUGCCUAGAGCAAUUUGCUCGAGAUAAUGGCUACCUUCUCCCCGACAAGUUUGAGCGCUGCGUUCGCGGGCCCGACCCGGACUCUCUGGCAAUUACAGAAGUACCCGGAGAGGAAGCCCGCUGUGUAGUCAAAAUUGGAUGGCUAUGGAUUGACAGCGCCUCCUUUUCGCUCUAUGUGUACUCGUUCAGCGUGCUGCUCCAAGCGUUGGUCGUAAUUUCGUUUGGUGGAGUCGCAGAUCGACCUUCACACCGCAAGUUACUCCUCCUAGCCUUUGCAUUCCUCGGCUCGACUUCGACAAUCUGCUUCCUUUUCCUCCCUUCCUCAUCACCAGUAUGGCAACUCUGCGUGGUGUUGGCGAUAUUAGCCAUUGUAUCCUUUGGCGCAUCCAUCGUGGCAAUGAACGCCUACCUUCCUUCUUUGGCUCGAUCGGCACAGGACGUGCGCGACAAGGCCAUUAUCGUAGAACGUCUACGGGAAGCUGGGCCUAUCCCAGAGGCAGACGGAAACCCUGCUCCAGACUCUGAUGCGUACGGGAGCUUUGGAUUCUCAUCUGAUUUACACCAACAAUCUCGAGGCGAAGCUCAGGAAACAGGCGCAAAUGAUCCACAUCUCGAGCACGCACUGCAGGCGUAUAAUACCGCUCUCUCUCAUGCGACGUCCAAAAUCUCAUCGAGGGGUAUCGCAUUAGGUUACAGUGCGGGUAUUUUACUGCUAUUCGUCGCAUUAAUACCAGUGACCGUGAUGGAGGGAUCGACCUUCUCACUUAGGCUAGCUGUGUCCCUCUCGGGGAUGUGGUGGGCAGUGUUCAGUAUCCCGACGGCCAUGUGGUUGCCAGCCGGGCGAGCGGUAAACAGUGGUGGCCUGCGUUGGGAGAGACAUGCUACAUAUGCAAGUGGGACGGUAGAUUUGCGUGACGUUCGCGAAGGCAGCGACGAUGACGAUCUCAUGGAACACGACCCGACCAUUUUGUCACAAAUUGGAGAGGCAUGGAUUAGACUAGGGCAGAUGCUAAGCCCUCGGGAGAUGCGUAAACUGCGCAAUACGUUUUGGUACUUGGCCGCAUGGUUCCUCUUGUCAGACGCAUUCACCACAAUCACUUCUACGGCGGUUCUCUUUGCGAAAACGACCCUACUCCUCCCACCAAAGGCGCUCAUCGUGGUCGGGCUCUUGACACCGAUGGCCGGGAUUGUGGGUUCGCUGCUCUGGCCAAGACUCCAACGGAUGCUUCGUUUUUCCAACCAGGGCAUCCUUUUGACGCUCAUCUUGCUUGCGUCAUUCGUACCACUAUACGGUUGCCUCGGGUUCCUGCCCAUCUUCAAGGGUAAACCUAUUGGAGGCCUCGUUACGGCACACGAACUUUAUGUGCUGGCGGUCUAUUUUGGAUCGCUCUAUGGCGCGUUCCAGGCGUAUGCACGUGCAGUGUUUGCAGAGUUGAUACCAGUUGGAGAAGAGGCUCGAUGGUACGGGCUAUUUUCGAUCACAGACAAGUCUUCAUCGUUCCUGGGCCCUCUCAUCGUCGGAUUGAUCGCAGACGCGACAGGGAAUAUCCGCUAUGCCUUCUUCUUCCUGCUGUUCAUGAUGCUCGCAGCCUGUCUACCGCUGCUGGUCGUCAAUGUGCCCCAAGGACGAAAGGAUGCAGAAGCAUAUUCACAAGCGGAUUAA